CGCAGUUCUGUUUCAAGGGAAUAUUCAACAUGUACUUGGUGAGAUGGCUGAUCUGCUUAAUACAGCUAUGGAUACAGUUAGAGCCGGCUGGAUCAGUAUCCUCAAUAGAUUCCUUGCUAAUUGAGAUACCCAAUGGCAAACUACGCGGACGCGAUAACGGACACUAUUACAGUUUUGAGUCAAUUCCAUACGCUGAGCCCCCUACUGGAGACCUCAGAUUUGAGGCUCCGCAACCAUACAAGCAACAGUGGUCGGACGCAUUUAAUGCAACCCAAGAACCAGCACUCUGCAUGCAAUGGAAUCAGUUCAUUAAUGGAGACAAUAAGCUACUUGGCGUUGAGGACUGUCUGACCGUAAACGUGUAUAGGCCAAAAAAUAGCAGUCGGAAUACCUUUCCAGUAGUGGCCAAUUUUCAUGGGGGCGCCUUCAUGUUCGGCGGACCCAGACAAUACGGACACGAAAACAUUAUGAGCGAAGGCAAUGUCAUACUCGUUACAAUAGGCUACCGUCUUGGGCCUUUGGGCUUUGCCAGCACAGGUGACGCGAAUCUGUCCGGAAACUUUGGCCUGAAGGAUCAGCGCCUGGCCUUGCUCUGGAUCAAGCAGAACAUAGCCAGCUUUGGUGGUGAACCAGAUAACAUUCUAGUGAUAGGUCACUCCGCAGGCGGUGCAUCCGUUCAUCUGCAGAUGCUACAUGAGGAUUUCAGAAAUGUGGCCAAGGCAGCAAUCUCAUUCAGUGGAAAUGCACUGGACCCAUGGGUGGUUCAGCAAGGUGGUCGCGGACGUGCCUUUGAGCUGGGACGCAUUGUGGGCUGUGGACAGACAAGCGACUCUCUGAAACUCAAGAAAUGUUUGAAGUCCAAGUCCGCAAGUGAAAUAGUCUCGGCUGUCCGUAGCUUCCUCGUGUUUUCAUAUGUUCCGUUUACGCCUUUCGGGCCUGUUGUGGAACCGGCAGAUGCACCAGAAGCCUUUAUUACCCAACAUCCUAUCGAUAUUAUUCAGAGCGGGAAGUUUGCACAAAUUCCUUGGGCUUUGUCCUAUACCACUGAGGAUGGAGGUUACAACGCCGCUCUUCUUCUUGAAAAACAGUCGUCUACUGGUCAGGAGUUGAUUGAGGAGCUUAACGAUCGGUGGUUUGAUUGGGCUCCGUAUUUGUUGUUCUACCGUGACUCAAUGACGACGAUCAAAGAUAUGGACGAUUGCUCCCGCAAACUGAGGCAGGAGUAUCUGGGAGAUCGACGAUUCAAUGUGGAAAGCUAUUUGGAUCUGCAACGACUUUUUACUGAUGUUCUAUUUAAAAACAGCGUGCAAGUUGCUGUGGAUUUGCAUCGAAAAUACGGAAAGAGUCCAGUGUAUGCUUUUGUCUACGACAAUCCGGCUGAACUUGGUGUUGGUCAGAUUCUUUCUAGACGCACCGAUGUAAACUUUGGUACGGUUCACGGCGACGACGUCUUCCUCAUAUUCAACGUUCCAUUCGUGCCAGCAAUUCGUCGCCCAGAUGAAAAAAUUAUUUCACGCAAUUUUAUAAAAAUGCUGGAGUUCUUUGCUCUUAGCCCAAACGACUCGCUGACAUAUGGAGACUGCGUUUUCCAGAAUAAUGUUGGUAGUAAAGCUUACGUCGAGGAUAGUUAUUGA